AUGAAUAUUUUUAUAUUUUUAUUAAUUUUUUGCAACAUAUACACCCUUAAUACAACUCGAGUUGAUGAAAAUAAUUUUGUCAAAACACCUAUGAAAAAAGUUUAUACAAAUUUAAAGAAAGGAACCUCCUGUAAAACCAACGCAAGGAUAAUACAUUCAAUUAAAACUUUAAGGGAAAUUAAAUCAUCCGAAAGAAAAACUCGUCAUAAAAUUAAAAGACAAGAUAACGAACGAGAGUAUCAACGAUCAACCUUAGGAAAAGUUCAUAAUACUUCAAAUAAAAAUAAUUUAAAAAAGGAUCAAAUAAGCCUGGAAGAAAUGAGAAAAAGACUUGCGGACCUGCAAACAAAUUCUCCAAAAAUUUGUUUUAAAAAACAACCAAUUCCUUGUGGUUUGUUAAUUUACUAAAACUUUAUUUCUGUGAAUUUAGAUUGUUUAGGUGGUAAAGCGGUGGUAAAGCAAGCUAAGGCAAUUAUUCCUUGUAUUUUCGAAUCCGAGAUGGGGCUCAAUUGUCUUCGAAUAGGUCCAAUAUAAACUCAUUAUUUCGACCCAAAAGAGUGUUUUUUGUGCUUAUCUCAUUAUGAAUAAUUUGCAAAAAAAUAGUUAAAACCCUUAAUAAACUCU